AUGGGGGAGUCCCGAGACUGGGACACGGUCUCGGGGCGGGGGGGAAAGGGAUGCGGAGAAGGGCUGCCUUGGCGGGGCGAGGGGCGUGCAAAAUGUGAGCGCUUGGGUGACCCUGACAGGCGGGGAAGGGUUGGGCCGGGAGGCUCCCGGGGAGUGGGGCGCGCGCCCNGGAACGAGUACUUCUUCGACCGCAACCGGCCCAGCUUCGACGCCAUCCUCUACUACUAUCAGUCCGGGGGUCGAAUCCGCCGGCCUGUCAAUGUGCCCAUCGACAUCUUUUCCGAAGAGAUCCGCUUCUACCAGCUGGGCGAGGAGGCCAUGGAGAAGUUCCGCGAGGACGAGGGCUUCCUGCGGGAAGAAGAGCGGCCCCUGCCCCGCCGCGAUUUCCAGCGCCAGGUGUGGCUGCUCUUCGAGUACCCGGAGAGCUCGGGUCCGGCCCGGGGCAUCGCCAUCGUGUCCGUGCUCGUCAUCCUCAUCUCCAUCGUCAUCUUCUGCCUGGAGACGCUGCCCGAGUUCCGCGACGAGAAGUAUUACACUGCGUCGCCGUCGCAGGAGCUGUUCGAGGCGGCCAGUAACAGCACGUCGGGGGGCCCCGCGGGAGCCGCCAGCUUCUCGGAUCCCUUCUUCGUGGUGGAGACCUUGUGCAUCAUCUGGUUCUCCUUUGAGCUGCUGGUGCGGUUCUUCGCUUGCCCCAGCAAAGCUACCUUCUCUCGAAAUAUCAUGAACCUGAUAGACAUCGUGGCCAUCAUCCCUUAUUUCAUCACUCUAGGCACCGAGCUAGCUGAGCGACAGGGCAAUGGACAGCAAGCCAUGUCCCUGGCCAUCCUGAGAGUCAUCCGCCUGGUGAGGGUCUUCCGCAUCUUCAAGCUCUCCCGCCACUCCAAGGGGCUGCAGAUCCUGGGGCAGACGCUAAAAGCUUCCAUGCGGGAGCUGGGGCUGCUUAUCUUCUUCCUCUUUAUUGGAGUCAUCCUCUUCUCCAGCGCUGUCUACUUUGCCGAGGCGGACGACCCCACUUCAGGUUUUAGCAGCAUCCCGGAUGCCUUCUGGUGGGCUGUGGUAACCAUGACAACAGUAGGUUAUGGUGACAUGCACCCGGUGACCAUAGGGGGCAAGAUUGUGGGGUCACUGUGUGCCAUCGCAGGUGUCUUGACCAUUGCUUUGCCAGUCCCUGUAAUUGUUUCCAACUUCAAUUACUUCUACCACCGGGAGACAGAAGGGGAAGAGCAAGCCCAGUACUUGCACGUGGGAAGUUGCCAGCAUCUCUCCCCUUCAGCUGAGGAGCUCCGGAAAGCAAGGAGUAACUCCACUCUGAGUAAGUCGGAGUAUAUGGUGAUCGAAGAGGGGGGUAUGAACCAUAGUGCUUUCCCCCAGGCACCCUUCAAAACGGGCAAUUCCACGGCCACCUGCACCACGAACAAUAAUCCCAACUCCUGUGUCAACAUCAAAAAGAUAUUUACCGAUGUUUAAUAUAUGAAACAAGUGACAUGCUGUGCUCAGUAUUGUGUGGAACGUGCCCCCUUGGUCUGUGUAUGCCCUCGUUUUAUACAUUUCAGACCAUUCAUCAAGGAAAGGACAUGAAGAAGUGGAAAGCACACUUCAUUCUCCCUCUCCCUCAUGCUUCAUACUGAAACAGGUGUCUGUUCUGCAAGUGGGCUGCAUUCUCUCAGCUCUCCUUUCUUUAACCCCUCUCUCCCUCUCUUAAUAUUUUGACAACAAACUUACUUUAAACUUGAUUUUUAGCACACGCUCUGUAAGAAAAAAAGCAAAAACCAACCAAAAAAAAAAAAAAAAAAACCAAGCUGUACAUCCUGGGAGGAAAUGAAACUGAAGAACAGUUAGAAUAACUGUUUAACCUCAGACUCGACAGGCAGUUGUUUCUUUACUAAGUAAAGCAGGAAUAUACUUAAAGGAUGCUUCAGUUUGAUGAACUCUUCAACAUUAUUGAAUAUUUAGUUGAGUUGCCAACACUGUGGAUAUUUGAAUGAAAAGUCUAUUUAGAACAAUGACUUGUAAACCCACCAUAAAUUUAUUUGGUUUUCAACUGGAAUUUCUAUUUGGACCCUGCCCCCUGGAAUUUUAAGGAUCUCUAGAACUUCGGACUAAGGGAAAGGCCUGCGAUGUCCUAAUCUGACUAAUUAGUUUAACUCUUUGGGGCUUGUUAAGCAUUUUGAAAGUAUUACAGUAACAGAUUCCUGUGAAACUGUGUGCAUUCCAGCUAGCAUCUAUCAAAGUCUAGAAACAGAUGUUUUCAGCGCUGCUUAGAGAAACAAAAAAAUUUUUCCUAAUGUAUGUGAGAGAUAAGCUUCUGCAGUAUCACAAGAAGAUUAAAGUGGCAGACACUCCUUCCAGCGGAAGUUACUAAUUCAGACCUGACUGAUGCAGUUCCCAUAGCAACCCUUGUUUCCCGGGAAACCCGAAAAAGGUCGUCAUGGCAUCUCUUGCUCUCUAGCCCCACCCCCUAGCCCCAGCCGUUUCCACAGUAACCUUUCCAGAUGGUUCCUCCUUACAUGAUUUCACAAGGAAAACCACUGUUUGAAUCAACCGCACAAAUAAAGUUAAGUCUGAGGAUUCGAUGCGGUGAAAUGAAUCACAAAAUGCUUAUUUGUACUACCAAAAAAAAAAAAAAAAAUCAACUGAUGUUAUCCCAUACUGACUGAAUCGAAAAGGAAAAUGUCGUCACUGGAGUGUUAAACAUACACCACAAUAGGCCAUGAUUUGAAUGAAAUGCCAGUAAUUGGGCAAUCAUUUUAAAAGAUGCUUCUCUACUGUUUUCUUUCCCCAAGAAGUUUGAAGCCAACAAAUGAAAUUAAAAAGCAAAUGUAAAAGCAUUCUGCACAUAAGCAAAUGAAAUGUUCACUCAGUAUACCUGAAACUUUACUACAAGGAAACCUUCAGACUUCCUCUUUAAAAAAAAGUAUCCAGAUCCCACAACACUCACCAUCACAGCCCUUGAAAAACUAGAUGUAUUUGAAAAGUAUAAAGGACGCAUGCUUUUAACUGAGGCAAUUGCAGACAAUCAAUGAAAAGGAGUCACAGGAAGUAACCAAACCUUGGAGAAACACCUGCAAGUUUCAGCCAUGUGCCAGGGGUGGCCAGAAGACAGACAGCAUCAGAUCCCAGAAGAGCCCCACAUAAAGAACUGUAGAGCUGCACUGGCCAGUAGAAUGCUCUUUGUAAACUGCCUAGAACAAUGAAUACAGUGUUGAUUAUAUUGCUAAUGAGCAGUGAUAUUCUGCUAAUACAUACUUUCAGUUGACAUUAAAUAACAUGUCUCUAACAAAUGCUUCAUAUAAAAGAAACAGCUCUGAAGCUGGAGGAUUCUCUUCAAACUGUGUGCAGUAGAAAAGGUGUUGACCAAGAGAUAGAGAAGAACAUGAAAAAUAUUAAAGUGUCAUUUGACAUUUUGGUGAUAUUUAAUCAUCCAAAAACUAAUCGGUACUGCUGAUAAAGAAAGCCUAAAUGCUUGUUUCCAAUAAGCCAACUUCUUAUACUGUUCUCUUAUUUCAGUUAAUUACUGGACUGUGUUUAAUCAUGAUAUGUAUUAAUGUUAUCUUCUGUGUACAGCUUUAUUUGUGAAAGUGUUUUGUACCAAAGGCUCUCAUAGAUAUUAGUCCAUUGUGUGUAAAUAAGUGAAGUCUACUACACUGUGCCCAGAUGAAUGGUAUUAAAGACAGACUUGCCUAAAAGAAAUGUGCCUUGCUUGAUUAAACAUUCUUUUAUUUUUUGAUUCAAAAUGAUAGAUUUGCAAAUUAGUCUUGUAGGUAGGUUCUAGCUGAGCUUAACUUUCAAAAAUAUAUUAGUAGUUAUAUGUUUAAGUUAUCUAUCUUAAUAUUUUUCAACAGUUCAUAUAUAAUAUACUCAUUUAAUUUAGUUUUUAUGCAGUGUUUGAUGUGGCGAGACAAAGCACAUUCUUAAAGAUAUAUUUGAUCUACUGUUUUUAGAAUUUCCUUAAAAAUCAUAGCUGUAAAAUGCUUCUUGACUCAUUUUCUAUUUUUAUAUUCUUUUAGAAAUGGAACUUUUUCAGUUAAAAAAGAAAAGCGAAGUUUUAUUUGGAAAAGUAACUUAGGACGUCAUGAAAAUGAUUUCCCAUUUGGGGACAUUUCACUUCUGUGCCAUUAUUAAUGUAUUUACUGUGACAUUUCAGCAGAAUGGUAGCUAUUUGUAUAUUAUUUAAUAAGCCUUAUAGAAAGUCAAACUGUGAACAUUUAAUAUAAAGAAGACUCUUUUCAUUUCUAAAAUAUGGUGACCAAAUGCAUAAAACUCCCAUCUCCUGUUAUCUAAAUGCAUAAGAAUGCUAAGUUAAGAGUACUCAUAGAAUUUCAAUUACUAUCAAAGUAUUGUGAUAGGGAAGUCAAAAUUAUAAUACUUUAUGAUGUCCCAUAGAAGGAAAUACGGGUCAUGGAUUUCAUUGUUAAUGUAUAAGAAUCAGUAACUGAAACAAUCUUAUACCUACUAGCUGCAAAACAAACAGAUAGAAGAUAUAAUCCAGGUAACUUUCUUUUGAGGCAAUGUCUACAAUGAUUUUGCACAAUCUGCUGGUAAUUUCUCUGGUCAAAAUUUUGAGACCAGAUCACUCUGGGAAAAACUGAAGUAAAAAAUGACAACUAUCUCAGAUUUGAGCUAUGUGCACCUCCAAUCUGGAUAAUUUGUGAUUAAGAUGAAAAUAUAGCCACCAAGGUGUUUUUGUUCUGUGUUAGCCCAUGUAAUAGAGACACUGGCCCAGAGAAUAGUCCAUUUCCAACCUCCUUAAUAACUCAUAACCGAUGAUUACAGCCUGGUCACAUCAGCUAUUGGGAUGAUUGAAACAAACCAAUCAACUGUCCUAAUAGGAGGCCUAAGACAUGCAGAUGUUUUAGUAAAGAUCAAUAGGUGUUACCAAAAUAAGACACAGGAGCUACCUUUAUAAAAUACCAAUGACACAACCUUAAGCAUCAUAGUAGGUUUAAUAUCAUAUCCACGUUAUUGUAGGCUACAGUGUCAAAUAAAGAUAAAAUCUGGACUUUUGAGAUAAAAGCACAGAAUGGUACCAGAUGAAGAAACUGUCAUAGCAAAUAUGUUUCACCAAAUGGGUAGUAAAAAUAAUAUUACUCUAGAUAUUGGGAGACCAGAAUUCUUACCUAUUUACUGCCUAGAUGCAUCACUUACUACUGCCAGGCUUCAGUUUCCUGAUUGCAAAUGGAUGUUCUGGGUUAAUCUCAAAAGGCCUUUCCAGUCCCCAAAUUCUCAUUAUAUGCAUUUGAAAAGUCUUUGAAGCAGACUUAAGGACUCAGAUUUUCUUAGGUAAUUUUGAAAGAAUGAAUAAAUUGAAAUGAGGUUUAAGUCUUGAAAGUGUCAUAAAUAUAUCAUUCUUCAAGUUGCUUGUGAGAAAGGAUAUGGGAUUUUUUUUUCUCCUCUAAGAAUUGUCACUGGUCUCUAAAUGGGAUCAUGAAAAAUUAAAAACUCACUCUGCGGCAUGGAAACAGAUUAAUGAAGUACCUGGAAAGGAAGGGAGGUUAUUUUUUUAAAUUUAAUUUGAUGUUUAAGGUGAUUUGAAAUCAUAUAUGAAAUGCUAAAACUGCAACAGAGCUUUAUCAUGCUCAACAUUAUAACCAUGGGAGUAGGAGAAGGUGGAAAAAGGUUGGAGAGAUAGGAGUGUUUGCCUUACAAUCUCUUGAUUAUUUCCACAUAAGCUGCAGUUUGGUAGAGCAGGUAUCUCUGUGCUUUCAUUUUGGUUCUACCAAUAACUCUCAUGUACCCUAGGAAAGUUCCUUUAACCUCUCUGAGCCCCAAUUUCUUUUAGUAAUCUGUAUGUGUCUUUACGUUUUUGAGAAUUCUAUAUUGUUUUAGGAUUGCUGUAAUAUACAUGUCCAUGUCCAUGUCGCUCCCUCCAAUCACUUAGAUGCCAAAUCUCUGCUCAUGGACUGAACAAACUGCAAAUCCAAAUGUUAAUAUUUCCAAUAUUGCUAAUCGACCUCAGCAAGACAUAAGGCAUGUAAAUAUUUUUAUUUUAACCAUGGUUUAAUUAUUAUGAUUUAUCACUUCAUCUUCUAAUGUUGCUAAUUGUCUAAAUGAAAUGUCUGUUCAAGUGAACCUUAUGAAAAAAUUUUGUAGUUGAGUAAAACACUUAGCAAAUCAGAAUUGAAUAUGCUUCCCAGUGAACCGUAGCUGAUUGUAAGGUGCAUUUUUGUCACAUUUAAAAGUUAAUAUCCUUUUGGCUCCAGAAACAAUGGCUAUAACCUAAAAUAAUAGUCACAAAAUUUUAUAAAUUUUUGUGAAUACAAAAGAGGCUUGAUAGAGCCAUAUUGUAAUUAAUUUUGCUCAGGAGUGCGAAACAAAAUUCAGGGAUAAACCAACGCUUCUGUUUGGCUUUAGUGGAUGGUUGGGAAAAUGAAAGGCUAUAUAAUAUAGGUUUUGCACAACAUAGCUAAGAGAUAAGUAUACCCACUAUAAAAGAAGAGUGUAUUCUGGUUGCUGGUUUAUGGUAGAAAGAGAUUAGGAUAAAAAGACGCUAAAAUAUGGACACUAGGGCAAUUGUUUAAAUGAUAGUCCAUUUGAAUAAUACAGAAAUAUUUUGUCAUACUGAGAUUAUCUGUCCAAAAUUAUAGUCUUAUAUCCUUCCAUUCAGAAAAGGGGGCAGCUUUUAAAGGCCUCUAUCAUAAUGGGAAAUAUAUGUUUUGAUUAGUGGAACAAUUCAUUAAAACAUUUAAUCUGAUCAUUUUGGUUACGUGAAUCUGAAUUUUCACUUUAGCUGUAACUGAGUCUUAUAUGUAUGUGUUAGUAAUCUUUGUAAGAAGUAAUUUAACCAUUUUUUUAAAGUUGAUAAAAUUUGCUACAUGGUGAUUCUAGCAUAUCGUGUUAAUAGUGUAUCUUACAACAAUUUGUGAACUGACCAUAUGAAAACAAACCAGAGUAGUAUCUCUUCUGGUGAAAUGUUUCCAUGGUGUGAUCUCUUAUACUGGGUUUGGGGUGGGGAGGUUACAUAUUUAGUUUACAUAAAACUAGCUGUUGAACUGUUUUUCCUGAAUGCCAUAAAAUUGUAUGAUUAUAAACCAAAUAGGAAUAUCCUAUUAAAGGCACUGUAUAGACUAUUUUUGAAGUUAUCCCGUAAAAUGACAUAAUUUCUGUUAAAAAGUUUCUACACAUACAAGGGAAAGCCAACAGUGUAUGUAUUGUUUCUGUGUAAUAUGCUAAAUGUUUUAGAAUCAAUUUUUUAAUCUUAUGCAGAUAGAAAGUGAUUUUGCAGAUAACAGAGUAACAAAUACAACUACAGAACUUCAGUUUUUUUCACAGAGAUGCCUCAUACCUGUUUAUUAUCUCAUAGUUUGCAAAGAUCAUCCACAUAUCUUAUUUAACCUUUGAAAUAAUCCUUAUAAAGUAAUACUAUCUGAAGUUUAGAGAUUAAACAACAAAGGUUUAGAAAGAUCGUGACUUGUCCAAAAUCGUAAAGGCAGCAAAUGAUUUUACAUUUCACGUUCUUUACACUUUUCAUUCCCUGUCAAGUUUUUUCUUUCCUACCACUGCCAUGAUCUUUAAGACUUUAACUAAAAUUUAAUUCCAAAUGAUACACUGGGAAAUUUCACAAGGCACUGUUGCUGUUACUGUCAGACCUUUCUAAAUAUACUUCUAAAAUAGAGUCCUCCCACAAGGUGAUAGCCAAACAUUUUCCAUCUAAAACAUAUUUAAGUCCCCACACUCUGACUACAGACAUUGAAUCCAGAUGAUAUCAAAACACUGGACUGAAAAAUUAUCUUCUCCACUGGUUUCUUUCUAAUUUCCUUUUUAAAAAGUCCAUCGUAAUGACUGACCUAUGAACAGUUGAAAGAAACAGUAAUCAACCCAAGAAACUGCAAACAUUCUAAUUCAGAGAAAACAUACUCUAAGACCCACUAUAUUGGCCAUUUUUCAGCUUAUUGUUUUUCAUCAAAUGUGUUCUGUGAUUAGGGGAGGACAGGGAAUGGGGAGUGAGUAGAAAAACUGCCUUUCUUUUAAGAAAACCUCAUUAUUUCCUGUAACUGUUCAAAAAGAAUUGAUAUCAAGUGUUAGACAACAGGAUUAUUAACAUUUAGCCAUAGAUCAAAUAUAUGGUAAAGUUGAUGCACAUAUUUAAAAAUUCACCGAAGUAAUUUCCUGUAUAAAAUUAAAAUCUGAUGACUUCUUAGUUCAAAUAUGGAGAACAUUCAUGCGUUAAUCAAUGGCAUAAUGCUACAUUUUAAUUCUUUUUUCAAAUAACAGAGAGACACUGGAAUUGCUUUCCCUUGUAAAUUAACAGUCUGUGAUACAUUCUGUACUUUUACUGACUAGCAAUGAAGUAUUACUGUGAAUAAUUAAAUGAAAUAUAAGCUAUAGCAUAUCAGAAUUAAAAAUUUUGUAACCUUAAGUUUAGUUCUCCUCCUCAAACAGAUAAGUCAAACAAGUAUUAUUUUGUAUGGAAUGAAAUAAUAGUCAUUCUUAAACAAUGACAUAAUAAAUAAUGGAGUUCUGAUAAAAUGUAAGAUCAAAACAUUCUAUAUUUUUCUACAUUUGUCUUCCUUUGACAUUGAAUUAUGUUAAUUUAUCACAUAUUAUUGUAAAGUUAAACUGUUAUGCCGUGUUCUGUAAUGUUCCUGACAUAGUAAUUUUAGGCCUUCUGUUAAGUAAAUAACAGUAAAUACCUGUGAGUUAAUUAUGUGACAUUUUCACCUGGUUUCUUUUAUAAAUCUGUCAUUGGACUUAAAGUGUUUUCAUUGAAAAUGUUAUGUGCAGAAUUCAAUAAAAUACCAAAAAAUC